AUGGUGAAUUAUGAUGAUAUUACGCAAACAUUAUUAAUUAACAAAAUAAAAAUUAAGUAUGAUUCAAAUAGUGAGUGGAAUAAAUAUUUGAAAUAUAGUUUGAGGAAUCCACAUUCUUUUAUAUAUCCGGAUAUUUCUUCAAGGAUUAAUAAUUUGAAUAAUAAAGAUUUGGAGUUUUUGAACUCGAGCAUAUUAUCUCAGGGGUAUAAAUUAAAUAAUAUCGAGAAGAUAAAAAGCGAUUACACCGAAAUAGAUGUUGAAAAGUAUAUUUUAGAAAUUGAAAAAGAGGAAGAGAAAAAUUUAAAUAAAGAUGAUGAAACGUUAAUAAGAAAGAUCGUUUCUUUAUUUAAGGAGUGUAUGUAUUACUUUAUGUGUUUUAACGAGAAAGAUGGACAAUUUUUAGAUAGUUCAACAAAAAAUUCUUAUAAAAGAGAUAUAACACAUAAUAGUGACUAUGAACUUUUUAAAAGUUUAAAUGAUUGUAUAAUACAAUUACAUGAUUCAAAAAAGAAUAAGAAUCAAGCUGUUAUAAUGACCAAUGAGUUUUGUGGUAUUUUUACACCUCAUUAUAUAAAACUAACAAAAUAUACUGAUACAUUUAUAAACUUAUUAAAAGAACAUAAUAUAAAAUAUGUAGAUUUAUUUCAUGAGGAAAUUAAAAAUAAUGAAUUAUAUAAAAAAAAAAAAGAACAUUUUGAAAAGUUGAAAAAUUCCUCUUUUAUGCCUUUAACCAAAGGAGAAAUUUCGCUAGCCAAUAAAAAAAAAAAAAAAAUUAACAUGAACACGAACACGAACACGAGCACUAACAAUGAUAUAAAAAAAAAUACAUUACUUAAAAAUAAGAAAGACGAGGAAAAUGCAAAAAGAGUAGACAAAAAAAAGAAAAAAAUAAAAAAGGAAAAAAAAGAAACAUCUAAAAGGAACAGUAUGAAUGGUUUGGAAAAAGGAGAUGAUGAUAAUUGUGAUGGAUAUAUAAAAGAAAAUAAUAAACAAGUAAAUGAUAAUAAUCAAAUGCAAGAUAAUAAUUAUAAUAAUAAUAAUAAUGAUAAUAAUUCAAAAUUAGAAGGAUGUAUUGUGGAUACCAUUAAUAGUUGUAAUGAUAUUACUGAUGAUGAAGAUUCUGAUGUAGAUACUAGCACAAGUUAUGAUAGUCAGAAAAAUAUGAAUACCAAUAUUUUAAAUAAAAAGAAAAAAAAAAAAAAAGAGAGGAAUGAAGUAGAGGAAGAUGAUAAUUCUUACGAUGAUAAUAAUGAAAAUAAUAAUAAAUUAAAAAAUAAUGAUAAUAAUAUAGAUAUGUGUGAAGAACCUGAAAGUAUUAAACAAUUACAUAAGCACACAAAUAGUUAUGAUUAUGGAACACGAUUAAAGAGAAGAAAGAAAAAUAAUGAAAAAAAGGGAAAUGAAGAAGACAUAAAAACUGAAUGUAAUAAUUUAUGUAUUGUCGAAAGAGAAGAAGAAUAUGUAGGAAUGUCUAUUUAUCAAAAUGAAGAUAUUUGUAAUUAUUUAAACAUAAAGAAUGAAUAUGAUAAGAAUGAUAUAAAUGAAAAUAUUAAUAUGAAUGCUAAAAUAUUUACUAUGUUAAAUAAAAAAAUAGAUUCAGAUGAAUAUAUUUAUAAUGAAAUGAAGAAUGAUUUUAUGAAGAAAAUGAAUUUACCAAAUAAUUAUAAUUAUGAAGUAAAUGUACUAGAAAUAAUUAAUAGUGAUAUAAAAAAAUUUUAUAGAUGUAUUGUAAAAUAUAUCAAUAAAAAAAAAGAACAUAUAAAAAUAUAUUAUAUAAUAAGUAAUUUCGUAUUUUUCUUUUCUAAAAUGCAUAAAAAUAAUAUAAAUUUUGAUGAUAAUAUUCAUAAAGAUAUAAAUAAAAAUUUUGAUUAUAAAAGUAUAAUAAUACAAGGAAAUAUGUUACCUUAUAAUUUCUUUCUUUUCAUAAAAGCUUUACAUUUAAUGAGCAUAUAUGACAUUAUCAAAAAUUUUUAUAUAACUAUAGAAUAUGAUGAAAGAAAAAAUAAAUGUUUGCAUUUUCUUAAUAUUACAGAAAAUAAAUUUUAUGAAAAUUUUAAAAAAUUUGAAGGUAAUAUUAAAUCAAAUUUUUCAUAUAUACAUAAAUUUUUACACAACAUGAUACCUGUAUAUAAAUACACUAUAAUUAAUGGGAAAUUAUAUAAAGACUUAGAAGCAUUUACUCAAGAUCAUGUUAAUGAAAACGUUUUUCAAUUAACUUAUCAUGAGAACAAUAUAUCAAGUGAUAAGAAGGAUAUGAUGUUACUUUUAUAUGAUGACAAUGCUGAUAGAGAUAAUUACCUUGAAAAAAAAAGUAUUUAUAAAACGGAAGGGUUAAAAAGUAUAAAUGAUAAAGUAAGUGAUAAACAUAUUAACAAUAAUAUGUUUACUACAACAACGACUACUACUACUAAUAAUAAUAAUAUUAAUAAUAAUAAUACACAUGUGGUGUGUCAUCCGUUUAAUUCGUCUCCAUCUAAUUAUAUUAUUUACGAUUCAAAUAAUUUACAUAAGAUGGUAACAUCCAAUUUAAAAAAUAAUUGUCGAAUUAUUGAUGAUAAAGAACUUCCAAUUCUUAUAAAAGAUGUAAAUGAUCAUAAUGAUAAUUUUACAAAAAUAUUAUUAAAAGAAAAUCGACUUUUAUUUCUUUUAGAUUUUUAUGAAAAGAAUUCAAAUUGUAAUAAUAUUAUAUUUAAUUCAAUUUUUUUUGAUACUUUCAUAUCUCUUAUAUUUAUAUAUUAUCUAAAUAAUUAUAUGAAACCAAAAAAACAGGAUAACAUAAAAAAUAUCCCUUUAUUUAAACCUUCUUAUUUUCAUAUGUUUAUAACACAAAUUUUAAAAAAAAAAAACGAAAAAAAAUUAAAAAAAAAUAAAAGAAAAUCAAUCGAACAAGAACAUACAGUUGAUAAGUUAUGUAAUAACUUUUUUAAAAACUCAUUAAAUAAUAUUUUGAACUAUAAAAAAGGUUCUCCCGAUAAUAUACCUGCUCAGCAAAUAGAUGUACGAAAUAACAAGGAUGUGAAUUCACAAGGAGAAACUUCUAAUAUUCCAUUAUUGAAUGAAACAAAUAAAACUGUUGUAAAUAAUAAUGUCGAUGACAUAAAUAAAAAUAACCACGUAUCUAAUAGUAGCAUUAUCAAUAGUAAUGAAAGUAAUCCAAAUAAUAAUAAUGAUGAAAAGAAUUACAAAGGACACAAUAAUUCUACUCUUAAUAAUUUACGAACACCAAUUCAUACACUUCAGAACAAUAAUACUGAAGAAGAAAAUAAUAAUUUACACGAACAAAAUAAUAAUUUACAUGUACAAAAUAAUAAUUUACAUGAACAAAAUAAUGAUUUACAUGAACAAAAUAAUAAUUUACAUGAACAAAAUAAUGAUUUACAUGAACAAAAUAAUGAUUUACAUGAACAAAAUAAUGAUUUACAUGUACAAAAUAAUAAUUUACAUGUACAAAAUAACAAUUUACAUGUACAAAAUAAUAAUUUACAUGUACAAAAUAAUAAUUUACAUGUUGUAGAAAAUCAUAUCAUUGUAAACGAAUCAUUUGUUGCAAAAAACGAAUAUGAAGAUAUAAUAAUAUGUAUCUUCGUUUUUAUUAAUAACAACAAUUCGAACGCCUAUAGUGAAGAAGAAAAGGAGAUACGUGAACUUAUUUUAUAUGUUUUAAAAAAUAAAGAAAAACAUCAUACAUCUAAUAAAAUAAAAUAUAUUUUUAAAUAUAGAAAUAAUAUAAAUGAUGCAAUUACACUAAGUGAAAUUGAAAUAAGAAAAUAUGAAUAUAUUAAAAUUUUUAUUAUUGGAUUAGUGUUAAAUAAUGAUAUUUCGAAUGGUAUUCUACAAAUUGAUAUAAACAAUUUAUAUAAUUUAAAAGACAUUUUACAUCAGAAAUAUCCUUCUAAAAAUUUUGAUAUUCAAACCAAAUUAUUUACAUUCUAUUGGAUAUAUCAAGUUUAUGUAUAUGGUUCUAUAUUUUUGAAAGAUAAAGAAAUCCCCCAUGCCAUAAAAAAAAUAAAUGAUGUGUAUACCUUACCUUACCCUCUCCAGCUUAAAAGUCACGUCCUGUGGGGGUACUACCUUUACAUAAUACAAGAUACAGUUGAAAGUAGAUAUUCAGAAGAUAGAAUUUCAAGUUUGAAAGAACAAGGUAUACAUGUUCGAUUGUGUACAGAAAAUUUCGAAGGACAAAUUAUAGAAGAUGAUAUUAAUGAUAUUUUACAUAUGCAUGAUUUAGAUAUAAACGAUAUAAAAUAUAUGGAUAAAAAUAUUUUCAUGAAUAUUAUAUUUUUAAUUGAAAAUGCACACCUUACAUAUUUUACAUUUAUAAAUACUGACAAUAUACAUAUAAUACAAAGAAAUAAUUAUUUAUCUAUACAAAUUUUUAAAUCCAAAAUAUCCUUUCCAUCAUUUAAUUUGAAUACACCCAUAUUAAAUGAUUCAUGGCUUGAAGAUGUUUUGUCAAAACAAACCUUAUUACCUUUUAAUGAUUAUUUUUAUAAAUUCUAA